UCUAUCUUUUCUCUCUAAAUCAUAACCACCCAAAUACUAAAAAUCACAAAUCAUAAUCUCUCUCUCUCUCCAAUGGCUUCGUCGACAACAGGUAGAAAAGAGGUGACUCCAACGAUCGCAACACAACUUGGAGCACAGAUGUACAAGACUCGACGCAACGGCAAAACCACCGUUAUGUUAUCAUGUGCAAAGCCACCAGAUCGCCGCCACCGUCACUGCUACAACAUCCACCCCUCCUCUCUCUUUAUUACAUGGAAGACUACUAUUGAAGACCACCGUGCAGUGGCAGGGUGGAGGUUCGAAUUCUGGUGGGAACCUGAAGUCAGAUUUAUUUGGUAUGGAGCAAUCACUUUGGAGGAAGAUCUCUUGUGCACAGAAGUGUACAGGCGGUGGGGGGAACCUGUGAUCCAAUUGAGGCAUAACUCGCGAUUUACCCCCUCCAAGGUUCUAGGGGCAAGGGUCUUGGGGGUUUAGGAUUUAGUUUAAUGUAAACUGGGAUACCUGAAUAUAAAAAAAAAAAUGCAUAUUAUAGUGAAAGAAUGAAAAGGCGUUAGUUUAUCUUG